UGAAAAUAUAAACAUUCAAAUAGCUCGAAGUUCAAUUUUAGUCAUUACAAGAAGUUGUUGAUGUAUAAUAACAAGUCAAGUAAUUACAGCCAGUAUGUUGUCAGUGAUGCGGUCACCGUCUUUGUCAAGAGGGGACUACGAUGAUGUAUCUCAGCACCCCCUAGAAAGAUUACAUCCAUUACGGGUAGAUGUUGAACUAAGGAGGAACACAUUUACAAACUGGCCAACGAAUAUGUUUGUGUCACCUGGAAAGUUGUGUGAUAAUGGCUUCUACUAUAUGGGAAUCACGGACAAGGUCCAGUGUGCUUUUUGUGGAGGAAUUUUAAGUGGCUGGACAAAAGACGAUGAUGUCCAUAGUGAACAUUCUAAACAUUUUAGCCAAUGUGAACUUGUUCGCGUGAAGAACAAAAACUGUGUUAGAAUGUUUGAAUUUUCUAACUCUGCCACGGUCCAGACAUAUCAGAAGAAAGAAAAUAAAUCGCCAGAAAAGAAUGUAAAACCACACAACAGCCAAUAUUCCUUAUAUUGUGACAGAUUGUCCACUUACCAAUCAUGGCCAAGAACAUUGAAACAGAAACCAAAUGAUUUAGCAGCUACUGGUCUUUACUACAAAGGAACUAGAGACACCUGUCAAUGUUUUAUGUGUGGAGGGAUACUAUCUGGAUGGGACACGGAAGACAUUCCACAAGCUGAACACAAAAAGUGGUUUCCGAAAUGUCCACUUGUUUCCGGUUGACCGUGUUACUUGUGUUACUAUAAGAACUCGAAAAGAUCUCUUUCUUUUGUAUUCUAGAAAAAAAGUAUUCUUAAAUUCCUUUUAUAUCUGAAAGAUUUUCCUUCAAACGCUCUCUGUCUUUACAAGUAUUGUUUUAGCACUGACGUCAUACAGAUAGUAUUAUAAAAUAAUAAAUAAUUUAUCAUUGCC